GCGGCUACGCCCGUACUACGCCUUUUAAAGCGGAGCGAUUGCUACGUUAAAAAUUUAAAUAUAGAAUCACCCAUUCGUUAUAAAAUGGACCAGUAGUUUGUAAAAUCAAGUGUUUCCCCAGGAGUAUUGGCGUAGCAAGAUUUUGACACAUGUGGCAAGGAGGUAUAAGGUUCAAUACAGCGUGGCACAAGCCGGACUAGUUCGUGUUUGGUUGAUUGUGCGGUAAAAUGACAAGGUGUAUUGGCAUGUGACGCGGGCGCAGCGGGAGGCAUGCGGGCCCCGAGGUGUGGGCGGGCGGUGCUGGCCGCGCUCACAGCGCUGCUGGCGCUCGCGCCCUCCUUGGCCGAGCUGGAUGUUACUACCGUUGCUGUGUUUGAUCCUUCAAAACGUGGAAAGAUGAUGUAUGGUGACACCUGUUCAACGGUGAUGGAGUGUGGUUACCCCGACUCCGUGUGUGAUGAGGUUCAUAAGAUCUGUCGCUGUCACCCUGAUGUACCGGUCACUAAUCACGUGGAUAAAUGUGGAAAACCUGCUGGCAUCAACGAAACCUGUAUUUUCAAUGAGCAGUGUGAGGACGUUGUGUUCAAAACUGAGUGUAGGAACGAACGAUGCGUGUGCAAAUAUGAAUUGGUCGCUGAGGUGUCAGUGGAUGGUGGCAUUGUGUGUAACCCGGAAAAGGAAAUAGAAAUCUCAACAAAGACUCUGGACCCGGCUAUGAUUGGAGUACUGGUUGGUAUGGCGCUGAUGUUCGUCAUUAUUUGUGUCGUUUUGCGGCUUUUUAGCAGAGCCCGAUGGAGGGAGAACAGAACUAUUUUUAACACUCCUAAUCCACGACUCAUGAACGUGUCUCUACUAAGAGACUCAAAACUUUUGCAUGCUCAGGAUCGACGCGGUUCCCGAGUAAGCGUUCGACCACCGUCACGACAAGCUAGCCAGCAGGAACUGAGACCUCAUUCACCAAGUCCAGCACGUCCUCACCAAAGCCAUCAGCUCCACAGAAAACACUCAGGUUCUCGUCGUGGUUCGAAAGCAAGCAGUGGUCAUUCGGGCACCUCUUUAAGGUCAGCUACACUUCGAUCCCCUAACACCACAGGACCCACUUCGGUGACCGUCGAAAUACGCCCACCAGACGCUUGAAAGUCAAAUAACAUCAAGGUAGAAAGGGAAAUUGCAAUAAUUCAAAUUAUGUCCAAAUUAUAAAAUGUUUGUGAUAAAAUUUAUCAGGCGCUUAUAUUUUAAGCAUUUUAUAACUGCUAAUAGGCAACGCACUGAUGUGGUGAAUACCUUUUAAAAGUGCCUCUUAAUGAAAAGCUUACAUUUUUAACCUAAUAAUAUACCAACAUAAAUUAGUAUUAAGACACAUAAAUAAAGUUUAAAAUUACCACAUUUUACAGUUUCAAUCACUUUAAAGUAUAGAGCACCAGAACGAUGUAGGUAUAGAAUUAGCUUUUUUAGCUUAAUGGUAUCGCUUUUUAGCUUCUUUGUAGGUGAAUAAUUUGAAAUGUCUAUUAUUAGAGUUUAGGUAUAGUCUUUGAAUUUCACAUAAGUUUACGCUAGAUGAGAUAUGCCAUAGAUUCUAUUAAAAACUUUAAGCUAGUUAUAUUAAUGGGGACCACCUCCUUCUAGGAGUGACCUGUUAUUUUUUGAGAAUGUCGAGAUGGGAAAGCUUCUAUUUCGCUUUGAAAUUAUAAUAAAGGAUAGAUCAUUUAGUUUGGAAUUAGUGGGAGUCGAGAGAUAAAGUUUAAAUUUUCUUCUUAAAAUGUGUAAAAUUGGGGAAGUUUACACAUAGUCUUAAGGCUUCGUGCACAUUGGGAGCUUAGAUUAUCGCAACGCACAAGCGAGUUAAUAAAAUUAGAGAUUAUAAAAUAUUUUUAAUAAACUUGAACUGAUAAAUGUAUCAUGGUCAUUUGCGUACGGGAGAUACUUCAAUAUGGGGAAGAAUUGAUGUAUCAUCCGUACUAUUAAUUCAUUAAAUCAUUUGGAUAUAAUAAGCUAGUAUAUCUUUAUAAUAUGCUCACAAUAAAAAUUAUAUACUUAAAACACUGUGCUAGUUAUAUUAUGUCUACGUCAAUGCUAUGAUUUACUUAUAUAAACUUUUAUUAUACUUCU